UGCUGCAGUUGUGUCUUUGUUUUUAAAAUCUGCUCUAAUAAGAUCACGAAUGGAAGAGGUAUGGUGAAAUACUCAUCGUGCAGAAGAGCACUCCGAGUGGACUGUUUACAGAGGAGGUGGUUUCAUGUGGUUUUACGUGCCUCCACUGCCCAUGGGUGGGUCUCAUUUGAGUCUCUUUUGGAUGGUGAUGUUGUACCGAGGGACUACGAGGCCGAGCUAAAGGGAGCUCUGUUCCGCACAGAGGAAAUGGGCGUUCUCCUUGGAAAGUUUGGAUGCAGUGACUGAAAAAAUAAAGGAGGUGUGGCAAGGCUUGAAAUGAGAGGACCACCAAGAGGGGCACAGUGUUGUGGAGUGGUGAAGUUGCUUCUAGGCUGCUCCGGAGAUCUUAUCCAGAAGAACAAGCAUUACCCAGUAAUUGAAAAUGGCGUACCUGCUUAUGUUUGUGACCCUGCUGCAUCUCAUCACACUGGCAAUGCUGUUCAUUGCAACCAUGGAGAAGUCCUGGUGGGAAUGGGAUGACAUGGUGAACUCAGACCUGUGGUACAACUGUAGGUUCGACAACUUCACAGGAACUUGGUUGUGUGCAUCCUCCAAAGAAACUGAGUGGCUUCAGGCAGUGCAGGUCCUGAUGGUUCUCUCGGUGGUCUUCUCCGCGGUCUCCUUCUUGGUGUUCCUGGGUCAGCUGUUCACCAUGUCCAAGGGUGGACUCUUCUACUUCACAGGGCUGUGUCAAGUCUUCGCAGGGCUGGCUGCCUUUUCUGGAGCUCUCAUCUAUGCAUUACACAAUAAGGAAAUCCUUCAAGAUUCCAGAGAACUGACUUCAGGACAUUUUGGCUACUGUUUCAUCCUGGCCUGGGUGUGUGUCCCCUUGUUGUUGUGUAGCGGGGUCAUAUACAUCCACCUGCGGAAGAAAGAGUGACCAGAAAAAGGAAAAUCAUGUCAAUAACAGGGAUGGAUUUUUUUUUUCUUGACUUCUAAAUGAUUAUAAAUAACAGUAUAACAGUGUUAUUGUUUUUCUGCUCGGGCUCCAGUUAAUAUGAUAAUGUUUUUGAAUUGUAGAUACAUGUACAGUGGAAAAAUAAGACUACGCUGUGUUAUCAAUCCAGUAUAUAAUGCUCACCUUCUGCCCGUGAGAGGCUUUUGUUUUGAAAAUGCCAAAGCAGCAUUACUUUGUGAUGUGGUCCUUACUAAAUAUUUGAAUUGCUUCUCGGACAUAUAUAUAUAUAUAUAUAUAUAUAUAUAUAUAUAGUACUUAAAUGUUAAAAUAUAGAAUAUAGCUGUUUCUCAUAAAGAAACAACACGUGUAGAUUAUGUGCAGUCCAUUGUUGUUACCUUAAAAUGUGUUUUCAUUCGUGAUCAAAAUAAAUUGAACACUUGAUACCC